UUUUUUUUUCUUUUUACGACACUCUUUUUUAUUUCCUCCUUUUUUUUUUCUCUCUUUCUUCUCUUCAUUAACCCAUCAUACCCCUUUCACCCCACCACUUCACUUUUACGUUUUCUACUAUUCUUUACGACUAUUGUUAAUAGGCUGUAUUAUUUUAGGUGGUUGAAACAAUUUCUACAAUUACAACUAAAACUACAACUACGACUACAACUACAACUACAACUACAACGACUGAAACUGAAACUGAAACUGAAAAAAAGAAAAUCAAUCACGUAUUAAAAAUAAAAUAAAAAUAAAAAAAAGAUAAAAAAUUCAAGACAUGGUGGACGCCAUCGCUCAACGAGCUCCAGAAUACCGCGGCUUGGCCGUAGACGCGGUCGCUCAGGCUGCAUUCAACGAAAAGAAAUGGGUUUGGGUAGAAGACAAGGAAGAAGGCUAUAUUGCAGGAUGGAUUUCAAAAGAAGAUGGCGAUCAAGUCGAAGUACACUUGAACAACGGCUUGGUCAGGACAGUGAAUAUCAAUCAGACGGGCAAGAUGAAUCCGCCUAAAUUCGACAAGGUCGAGGAUAUGGCAGAUCUGACCUAUUUGAACGAAGCAUCUGUAGUCCAUAAUCUUCGUCUACGAUAUCAUUCAAAUCUCAUCUACGUAAGAGAAGAAGGAAAAGGGAAAAAGAGGACGAAAGCAAUUGAGCGAUCUCUUUUGCAUGGGAAAAAAGAAAAAAGAAAAAAAAAAUCAUCGUCAUUACAACGCAAUGCAAUUGCUUGCAUAUAAAAUUUCUUUUGAUCCCACGCCUCUCUAAUUGAUGGAUGAUUAUUCAUUCCGUUUCUUCUGUAGACAUAUUCCGGUCUAUUCUU